AUGAGUAAACCAGAUAAACGACCCAUUACACGACAAGACAAGGUCGACAAGAGUCAUAUUGCAAACAAGGACGUGACAUCUACCCAAUGCAAAACAGGAGUCUACAUCUUCAAAGACGGUUCAAAAUACGAAGGCGAGUAUAAAGAAAUCGAUGGUGGUGGUAUUGUUCGCAAUGGUAUGGGCAAAUAUUCGUGUGGUACGACUCAUGGGGUUUAUAACGGUCAAUGGGAUCAUGAUAAAAUGAAUGGAAAAGGUCGAUUGGAUCUUGAAUCGGGUGCAUCGUAUGAAGGAAAUUGGAAAGAUAAUCAGUAUAUGGGAUCAGGAACGUAUCGAUGGGCAGAUGGAUCUGCAUUCAUAGGAGAGUGGCUAGAAAAUGGCAUGAAUGGACCUGGAAAGUACGUGGAUGCAACUGGACAAAGUUGGACAGGAUCGGUAGUCAAAGGAAGCGUGGCUACUCUUUCUCCAGAGUUGCACUCUUCAAACCCUAUGACAGCUUGA